AAAGAUGUAUGUAUAAUUCACUAUAUGUCUGUUACUUAUUUUAUUUUUUAUGUUUCUAAUUCUUGUUUGAUUGCAAAGCCUAAGUAUGAAGCUGUGAAAUUGGUCCUUUGUGGUUUGUCAUUUAUGUUUCUAAUUCUUGUUACUGUAUCACUUGAUUCACUUCACUGUAUGUCUGUUAGUCCGUAUGUAUAAUGUUAAUGUAUCAUGUAUGCCUAAUUCAAGUAAGAAAACAAUAGUUUAACAUCAUAAAGCAAGUAAACUUCUUGUGACUAGAUUCAAAUUAUUUUUGUUUAGGUAGCCAAUCACCACAAUCCAAACAUUCAAGGAAAUCUGGAAAUGUAGGUUGAGAACCCAAAUGAGGAAGAUUGGGAGAAAAAGGAAGUUAUCAGGCACAAAAAUAAGUACAACUGUUGGCUCAUUUGUACGCUUCACAGUAGUCGAGAGAAGUAAAGCUAUGUCAUUUACAAAAGGUGACUUGCUUACAAGAACAAGAAAGCUAGUAAAUGGUUUGGCCAAGGUGAAGCCUGUUUGGCUUAAAGCUAUGGAGAAGUCCCCACCGGCGGUCUUUCCUCGUGCUGAAAAGAAAGUUGAGCGCAUCUGCCUCCCAGAGGAUGCUUAUAUCAAUAAGUUCUAUAAAAAGCAUCCUGAAUCAUUGCAUGAAGAUCCUAUCAACAUUCGUGAUUUUGACCCGACUCCAUCACGUAUAUUUGGUUGCCGGGUGCUAGAGUUAAAGGAGCAUGGUGUUAGUGAAGAGGAUGCUCUAGAUGUAGCAGAUACGGAGUAUCGGCUACAGAAAAAAGCCAAAAAGAAGGCAUACAAACGAUUGAAAGAAAUCGCACGGAUUAGAGGAACCAAACCCCCUCCAAACCCAUAUCCUAGUGCUGUAAAGCAGAUACAAGCUGAAGAGAAGAGAUAUGUCCAUGACCGAUUCUUCAAUCCCAGAAUCCUAGAAAUUGCCGACAAACUCAAGGACCAGCAGGCUGCUGAGAUGCAGGAUAGAGGCAGACCCGGCGGCUUUUAAUCACAGAUUCUCGUGUUACUCCAUACUUUCAGGUUUCAAUUAUCGACCUUAGUUAUUUAACGUAUCAAGGCUACAUCAACUUUUUGUGGGUUAUCAUUAGCUGUAAUAAGCACCGAUUAGACACCAUAAUCGAAUCAAGUUGUUCAAA